AUGGUUGGUUGUGAUUCGGUUGAUGAAGGCCUCACUUUACAGUAUGUUACAGCUCGAGUUAUAGUUCUCGCUUCACCAGAUGAAGGCACGGAAAAAGCAUACGUGUCAUCGCUGAAGAAUGCAGCGUUGGCGCUGAAGACGAAGCAUUUCGAGCACUAUAAGGUAUGGAACGUUUCGCGACCGCGGCACGACCUAUCGCGCUGUUUGGCAGCUGAAAAUAAUGGGUGGCCGGAACGAUUAGCUCCACCCCUCGACAGAUUAUGCAGCCUUUGCAAGGAGUUCGAACAAUGGCUCUCGCUCAACAACAACAAUGUGAUCGUCAUUCACUGCAAGGGCAAUACUAGUCGAGCAGCAAUGGUGUUAUCCGCUUUCAUGCACUAUAAUGCGAUUUGCAGCAAGUAA